AUCAUGCAAUUAUUGUAUCUCGUUCAAGGUUUGGUCGGAAGGGAUCCGUCCUAUGUCUUAAACCCGCGAUGAUAUGUACUAGAUUGUUGGGUACUGUGAAACUUUAAGCACCCGAUCGUCCGGUAAUUACGGAUGGCUGUAGCUGUGUGGCAGCAAAUUCUCGCAUUGGAUGCCCGAUGCAAUGUGCGGCGGCCGGACAAAGCAGGAUUCAGUGGGAACUUUAUACAUAAGGAGGAGGAGUCAAUUACUUCGAGAAAAUGCCAAAAGAAAUCGUGAUGAGACUGUUCGCGUUGAAUACCUACAAAUUCGUCGUCAGCUACUGCAGAUGAAGUUCGAGCAUAAUUUACUUAGCGAAGCAGGAAGCGAGAGAGGAAGAAGCUUGAGCCGGAUUUCGAACAUCAGUGGGACGAGAGCGUAUGUGUCUUAUGUGGGGGGUCUAAAAGAUUCCUCUAGUCAUCGUACUGCAGUGAUCCCUACGAAAGAAGCUUCAGCGUCGCGUGCCCUCGUUGGUGAUACGUCUAUUUCGGAGAAUUAUGCGUUUGCUGGUGUUCAUCAUAUUUUUGAUCAGGUUGGGAACAACAAGGGCACCGUGAGAACUACCAACGUUUCCACUGGCAUAAUCCCGAGUCAACUGAUCUGCAACCUGGGUCACUCCGUUCUCUCGAUCGCAUUUCAUCCAAAUGGGGGAUUGUUAUGGGCUGCGGAUGACAUGGGUGGUAUAACAGCUUUUAUUUUCAACCCGAUGACUGGACAGCUCGCAAGGAAGAGGAGAACCAUAGUUCGCUCUGGCUUUCCUGUGACAGGAUUGCAGUGCAGGACAUGGCUAAGUCGCGAGGCGUGCGAUCCGACUCUUCUUGUUAAUUGCGGCUGCGAUCAACUUUUCGUUUAUAGAGUAUGCAGUAAUGAGGGCACUUUGAUGUUACGCUGUUCUUUUCCGUUGGCGCACAGGACAUUCGCUGUAAAAUCCACUUUCAGCCCGCUCAUGUCGUUCAGAAGAGGCGUUCCGUUGGGUACGUAUCCGCCUCUCGUGUUCAGCAAGGACUCAUUUGUUCUGACUGGCAGUGAGGAUGGCAGCGUUUACUUUUUCGACGUUGAAGACUCCGGAAAGCAUCCUUUCAAUUCCCUGCAAGGUCACUCCAUGCCUGUCGUUGGAGUUAGUUUCAGCUACGACGAAGCAUACUUAGCUUCCGCCGAUGCUGGGGGUAGUGUAAUUAUUUGGACUCGUACCAAGCGUGAUUCCGAAGGAGACAUGUGACAGCUAUUCACGACUCUUCGAAUCCAAAGAUCGACUGUGAAUGCGAAGGAUUUCUCUGGAGA